AUUCUUACUAACCAUGGAAUACUCCCCAGUGUAUUACUCCAAAUAGAUACAUACAGAAACAAACUACAGUGGUAUCUCUGUACUCAUUGUUAAUUGGUUCUGGGAGGUGCAAUGACUACCAAAAACUAUGAGUACCAAACGAAUUUUUCCCAUAAAGAAUGAUGUAGUGAGCCACAAGGCUUUCAACACUAAAAAGUUCUUCUCUGUUAAGUGCCAAACAAUGAGAACCAGACAAAAAUUUUGAGUCAAAAUGCAUUGAGUACCAAAUUUGAUGACUUUCAAAGCAAUUGAGUACCAAGGUACCACUCUAUUAAAUGUAUGUAAAAAUGUUAGUUUUUGACAUGUAUUAAGAUUGCUUAAUGAUAAAGCUAAGAAAGAUUAAAAGAAUCUACUGCAGUGUUUCUCAACCUUGGAAACUUUUCUCUGUGUAGAUUUCAACGCCAAGAAUUUCCCAGCCAGCAUUUCUGGGAGUUGAAAUCCACACACCUUAAAGUUGCCAAGACUGAGAAACACUGAUCUAGUACAAUUUAGUACCGGCCUCUUCUGACAGCAAGGAUGGAAGUAGACUGUUACAUUUCUCCUUUAGGUUUAGAAAAACCAAUUACAAGUUUAUUUUAAGAGAAAUAAAAGAAUGAAAUUCAGGGAAGAGAUAUAUGCUAAUUUAUGGAUAGGUGUUAAUUAGAAUUGGUUAUAAUUUAAUUACAGUAUGUUAGCACACUUCAAUAGGAAAGACUCUCAGGCUAAUCUAUGGGCCCUCAAUAAUGUACAGUAAGGACACCGGAGCUGUGCGAAGGUUUAUUGUGUGGCUGGGCCUGAUGAUGAAACAACUCCCACUUAAUAUAAGGUUAGUCCUCACACUGUAGCAAGCUGUUUUUUGUAUUCUGUACUUUGUGUUUGUAUUUUAAGACCUAUGUGUCAUAAAAGGUUCUGUAUUUUUCUUUUUUGGAACCUGACAAAAAUUGUUUGGUAUGUUCUACACCCAGAAAGGGACCUUCCUCCCUUGCCUCUUUCACCAUUUAGUUAAGCAAACUUUAAAAAAUGCAAACAGAAAGGAACUUUCCCACUUUCUCUCAUCAGUGCCUGAUAAUUUUGAAAGGCUUCACUUCUUCUCUGAGGUUUAUUAAGUGAUGCCUCCUUUUGAAAUGUAGAAUAUCUGGGCUGCUACUUCGGCUUUCCUUGGAGGUCCCAGCUGCAAAUUAAAGGGUCUCUUUCUCCCAUUCAGGGACAUUUUGUUCGUUCAACGCGGCACACAGGGAUACCAAUGAAGCUCUCAAUAGAACGUCCUCUCUGCUGGAUUUGCGUCCUCUCUGCUGGUAGUGAUGAGACACCAAACCAGAAACGGCGAGGCAGCUUUGUUAUUCAACAAGCGAAGCCUUAAUAGACCUCUGAGGACCAAUAUUUUAACAGACCGUGAUUGCCCGAUCCUCCCUCGUUGUACAUUGUGGAUAGAUUACAGCCGGAAUGAAGCUUAAACAAGCAAGAGAAAGCAAUCAGAUGCCGUGUUUUCAUAAAUUACUACAGCAACAGCUUGGCUUGGGGGACGGUUUACCAGCUGUUUCCAGCCCUCCUGGGAGAAGCUCCGGAGGCGCAGCAAGGAGCCUCGGAAUUGCUUUCAGGCUUCACCUCUGACGUUGCAAGUUUCGGGCCGAGAAAGCGCUUCGUUGCUGUGGGGAACCGGCGCUGGGAUCUUUGCCUGGAUGGUGUUGAAUUUCCUGGGUGGGAGGGGAGAGACGGAGGAUUUCAGCGCCGAGUUUUGUCUCCAACCCCGCGCUGUUUGUACCGGGGCCUUUUGAAGCGCGAGUGCAGGCACACAAUCACACACACGCAUAACCACCCUGCUUCACAAAAUAUGCUUCCUGCGGGCAGCCUUUUGUAUCGAAUAUUUAUUACCCCUUUCCGCUGCCUACUUCUCGACAUUAUUGGAUAAAUAUGCCAGGUUCCACAUUUCCUGUGAACUUCCAGCGCACCAGUGAUUUUUCGGGCAACAUGCUACCCAGCCCCUCCAUAAUUCCAGCCUUUAAAUUCCAAUUGCGGCGAGAAACCAUUGACUGGAGGCGAUUCAGUGCCAUUGAUGUGGAACGCGUAGCUCGUGAGCUGGAUCUUGGCACUCUUCAGGAAAAUAUCAAUAGCAUCACCUUUUGUAACCUUGAUGCAGAGAAGUGCCCCUAUUGUCAGCAGCCAGUAGAUCCUGUUCUCCUUAAGGUUCUGAAGAUGGCCCAGCUGACCAUCGAAUAUUUGUUGCACUCUCAGGAGUACUUAAGUAUAAACUUGGCACUCCAGGAGGAGCAGCACCAGGCGGUCCUUGAAGACUGCAAGCGUAUCAAGUAUGACCUGGAUAAACAAGCAGAAGAAUUAAAGGGGGUGAAGGAAGAGAGCAGGAGACGGAAAAAAAUGAUUGCCACCCAACAGCUACUCUUGCAAGCUGGGGCCAACAACUACCACAAGUGCCAGCUCUGUGACAAGACCUUCAUGAAUUAUUCCUUUCUACAAGGCCACAUGGAGCGUAGACAUGCUGAAGCCACUGCACUUGAAAAUUCGAAGAAGAAACAGGUGCAGCAAAUGGAAAAUGAGAUCGAAGAACUGAAGGUCAAGUUGAAGGAGACCCAUGUCCAGCUGGAGGCUGAGAGUCAGCAAAGGGCUCAGGAGACAGAGCGUCUUCGCCAAAGGGAAGAUGAUGAAAGAAGGAAAUUUGAAAGAUGGAAGGAAGAGGAGAGAGCAAAGUUUCACACAGAAAUGGAAGAGCUUAGGCAACUUUUCAUCACAGAAAUCAAGGACUUUUCCAACAAAAAUUCUGUCUUGGAAGGAAAACUUCAGGAAUUGCAAGUCAAGAAUGCGGUAGCCUCACAUCUUGGAACAUUGCAAGACGAUGAUUCUUUUGAGAAACAACAGUGGACUAAGACUCAGAAAGAAUUACAAGGGAUGAAGGCAAGGAUUGAACAACAGAAAACCGAAUGGGAGUGGAAACUUAGGAAACUUCAGAAGGAGAAUGAGAAAGAAAAAGAAAAACUGAAGAAUGAGAAUGAAAAACUGAGGGCUUCCUUGUCUUCUGACCAAUCUAAAAUGGCUGAAUAUAACAAGAAACAACUUGCCUCCCUUACCACACAACUCAGAGAGCAAGCUGGUGUCAUCCAAUCUCAGGAGAAUACAAUUAAACUUCUGACUUCCAGCAAACCCAGAGAAAUCCAACAAGUACCCAAGACAGAAAAGCUGGAAGAAUCCAGCGAAGAAGUUUCUGUAGAACUAGAUGAUACUUUGGACAGGAAGAAGAGAGUUCUGGAAACAUUGCGGAAGGAUCCCAAUUUGUUGAAGCAAUUCCGUCCAAUUCUGGAAGAGACACUUGAAGAUAAACUGGAGACCAUGGGAGUGAAACGAGGUACAAAAGGUAUCCCAGCUCAAACUUACAAACAUUUGAGAGCUUUGAUUAAGAAACAGCAGCAGCAGAAGGCUAAAACAUUUCCAGGUCUGCUAACUUUGAGAGAUAAACUUGAAAAAGAAGUUCAGAAGAAAGUGGUUCAGAAGGAUGAAGAGACUAUGUCCUUGCCAUUUUCUUCAAUCUUUGAAAAAGACCAGCAUUCUCCACUCCAGGUUACCCCUUUGAAGAUUGGAACACACCCAGUGGAAGUACCAUAUUAUGCCCUGGAGACACCCAAGCCAGCUCCUCGGAACAAAGUUAGUUCCAUGACUAGUUCAGUAGAGAUUCCAAAGAUACCAUCUCCAAAUCUAAUUAGAAGCAGUUCACCUUCUCUUCAACAAUCUGCUGUCCACUUCCUCAGUACUUCACCUUUCAGCUCUGAGACUGAAGAGUCAGAGGAAGAAACAAACAUGAGCUCUUCAAAACACACAUCCCUCAAGACAGAAGCAAAGCAGAGCAAUCCUGUCCCCAGAGCAGCACAGGUGGAAGAGAGUGAGUGGGAUUCAUCUGACACAGACUUUUCUAAAGAGAAACUUAGUUCAGGAAAGAGUUCUUCAGUUGCAGCAGGAACUCAUUCAGAAACACUAGUGCAGUCAAUGGCUAAAAAUCUGGAGAAGAAACUGAACAUACCUGGAAAGAAGCCUCCAGGUGGUGUGAAGCUCUUUGCCAUCCAAAGCAAAGAAGAUGCUAAAACCAAUCAUCCCACAAAAAAGCUUCAGUUUGCCUAUGAGGAGGACAGUGAUUUGGAGAUUUCUUCCUUGGAGGAAAUCAGCCAGCACCUGGAACCUGAAACUAAGAUAAAGAAGCCACAAGGGGCAAAAGUUACUGGGAGCUCCACUGGAUUGCAGGGCACCAGUAUCUGGACUUCCAGCCGCACAAAGCCUGGGGCCUGGUGAUUCCCAUGGUUAGAUGAGUACAGAACCCAGUUGAGAUAAAAGAACAUUCCAUAACAGAGAAAUCAGAUUCAAUUUGAUAAUCACAAAGAAAGAACAAAGACACCAAACACCAAAAGUAUCAUGUUCAAGGUUCUGUACAUAGUUUCAAAGCAAACAUUUAAGUAACAUGAGUUCUUCUAGUGCUACUAGACUGAUUUGUUCUUUUGUUGAAAGUCAAUCUUGACAUGACAUUAUAAAUUAAAUUUUGUCCAGAAGACACAAGCCUGAUUCUUAUAUCAUGCAAAGCUAUAAUGUUGUGCACUUGGGUCUGAUUUAGUGUAGUAUGUGACCCAGUCUUCAUGUACCAUAGGAUAUGAUUUAGCAUUAUAUUAUUAAAACAAAACAUAUCUUAGCACAGUAUAUAAAUGCAGCAAUAAAUGUAAGGCUGACUCAAAAAGCAGCCAUGGCAUCAUAGCCUCAUUUGUGGGCUGUAAUGAAGUUUACAGUAUACCUUUCACUGAUGCUCUAAGUGAAUUUAAGUGACUACAAGAAGGAAAGAGGUAUAAUUCUUGGGGUCUACAUAAUGGAAAAAAAGGCUUUUGCUACAUUGUGCUGUGAUACAUAAUCUACUUUGGAAAAAAUGUUUCUGAAAAAAUCCUGAAUUGUUUAUGCAAUUACGCAAUUUUCCUUUCUAAUACUGUGAUGGGUGCAGCUUUCUUCUAUUUUUGAUAAGUUUGUGAAUAGCCAUAAAAGUAAAUCAAAUGGAAAGGCUUCAAACAUUUUGUAUCCCGUCAACCUUCAGUUUCAUUUUUAGCUUGUUUGCACUUCAAUGUACAGUAAUUCUGAAAUGCAGACUACUUAUUUGAACAGAAUAACAGAGUUGAAAGGGACCUUGGAGAUCUUCUAGUCCAACCCUCUGCUUAGGCAGGAAACCCUACACCACUUCAGACAAAUGGUUAUCCAAUAUCUUCUUAAGAACUUCCAGUGUUGAAGCAUUCACAACUUCAGGAGGCAAGUUGUUCCACUGAUUAAUUGUUCUAACUGUCAGGAAAUUUAUCCUUAGUUCUAAGUUGCUUCUCUCCUUGAUUAGUUUCUACCCAUUGCUUCUUGUCCUGCCUCAGGUGCUUUGGAGAAUAGCUUGACUCCCUAUCUCAGCCCCUGAGAUAUUGGAACACUGCUAUCAUGUCACCCCUGGUCUUUCUUUUCAUUAAACAGACAUACCCAGUUCCUGCAACCAUUCUUUAUAUGUUUUACUCUUGAGUCCCCUAAUCAUAUUUGCUGAUCUUCUCUGCACUCUUUCUAGAGUCUCCACAUCUUUUUUACAUCAUGAUGACCAAAACUGGAUGCAGUAUUCCAAGUGCGGCCUUACCAAGGCAUUAUAAAGUGGUAUUAACACUUCACGUGAUCUUGAUUCUAUCCCUUUGUUUAUGCAGCCUAGAACUGUGUUGGCUUUUUUGGCAGCUGCUGCACACUGCUGGCUCAUAUUUAAAUGAUUGUCCAUUAGGACUCCAAGAUCCCUCUCACAAUUACUACUGUUGAGCAAGUUACCACAUAUACGGUACCUGUGCAUUUUGUUUUUCUUGCCUAAAUGUAGAACCUUGCUUUUUUCACCAUUGAAUUUCAUUUUGUUAGAUAGAUUGAGGUGAGGCAGAUAGGUCUGUAGUUUCCUGGAUCUAUUUUUCUCCUUUUUUGAAGAUGAGAACUACAUCAGCUCUAUUUAAUCCUGAAAUACUCAAAGUAUUUUUUCUAUUAUAUGUAUGUAGAAUCACAUUGAAAAUGCUAAAAGUAUUUCAGAAAUAAAUAAGUAUAUCUGUGAAAUAAUAUAUAUCUGACCUUGGGACAGGGUGGGGGGGAAGAGUAUAAUAAAUCCUUAAAGGAGAAGAAAAAACUUUUCAAAAAAUGAAAACUCAAAAUAUCCCCCUCCCUCAAUUUUUUUUGGCACAAGGUGCGACAGAGAGAAAAAAAUCUGAGUGCCUUUCAAGAUUCUGUUAUUCUACCCUACAACAAUAUUGAGCAUUCUUGGAAUCCAUAUUGCUCUUGUUUCAAAACUUUCCUAUCAUGAAGGGUUGACAAUAUCAUGAACCUUGAUUCAUGAAUCACAACUUAAAAUUUGGAACUUAAUGAUAACCACCUAAGAAUAAUAGUUAACCAGUUGGACUAGGACUGGAGAGAUUCAGAUUCAGGUCCAUUCUCAGUCAUGAGAGCUUACAGUGACUUCAGGCCACCCUGGCUCUUAAAUCCAAUCUAACACACAAGAUGGUUGUUGUGAAUAUAAAUAAAGAUAUGAUUGCUAUCUUUAGCAUUAGGAGGAAAAGUAGGAUAUGAUAUAUUAUUCCAUAGUUAUUUCCCAGUUGGAUUAAUGCCAUGCACUCUACAUAGGGCUGCCCUUAAAAAACACUCAAGCUUUAAUAUGCCCAGAAUGCAGCAAUACAUAGUAUUUUCAGUGUACCAAGGUGUGCCCAAAUUUCAUUGCCUAGCCAUAUUUUUACAGGUUUUUUCAUCUUUAAAGUCUUGCAUGGUACAGGGAAAGGUUAUUUGUAGGAUCACAAAUUUCCAAGAAUUGCCCAUCCCACCAGAUCUGACAAGGUGAGCGCAAUCCAAAUCACCCUGGGCCCUAGACGAUGUGCCUUCUCUGUUCUAGAAUCUUCCAUUGGGAACAACUAUGCCCUGAUUCAGAAAGUUCCAACUUUCUUAGCCUUCUAAAUGCUCUGAAGAUCUAGCUCUUCCACCAGAAACCGGCUGAGAUGUUUGUUGCACCCAAUAUGCUGUAGGUGCAGUUCUUUUGAUACCUUGAUUGAUGUAUUAUGGUUGUUUAUAGAUUUUUUUUAAAAAAAUAUGUUCUGGGGUUUGUUGUGAGGUAUACAGGAUUAUCCAUUUAAGAUGAACAGCCAUAUGCAUGUUAAAAAUUAAAUUUUAUAUAUGUUUUAUAAACAUACAGAAAUGCAGUAUGCUUUUUCAAGCAAAAGAAGUAUGAACCACCUUUCUUAAGUAUUGUUCUCCUAAACCACUACUAAUAGGAAUUGACAUACAAUUACAUUGGUUUCCAAUGAUGUAUAAAUUCUCUCUGAUGUGAAAUGAAUGAAGAUAAGAGCUGGAAUAUCUGCAGAAGCCUCUUAUUAUCUCAGGGAAGACACUGGGAGGUUUAUGUCAUCUUGUCUUAUUAUAAUCAUUCCUGGGCAAUUGUUGCAAUGUAAUUGGUUGUUCCCUGCCUUCUCCCUCAUCCCAAAAAGAUGCUAAUCUUACUAUUCAACAAGCAAACAAAUGAUCCUCUACUGACUUUGGACUUUUUGCUAUUUUGACAAAUCUCCAUUCAUGGAAAGUUAUGGAAUGAGGUGUCCUCUGGCUUGAAUAAGUCAAGCUGAUCUGAACAUUACGUUUUUCAGGGGUUCUGACUUGUGCAGAUAUUUUUCUGGACCCUAUUCUUAAAAUGUGGACCCUCCAAUUUUGUCAGGCUUGCCCGUAAAUUAAAACUUAAUUUGAGGAGCUCUAGAAAAUAUAUUUGAAGCUGAAAAAUUGCUGGCAAUUGCCACUUGAUGGCACCAUGUCUGAAGAAAUAUGCAAUGUUUUUCUUGAGACUUUGCAAAUGAUAUUUGCAAUAAGAAAAGGGUUUCCCUAAAACAAAGCAUAUAGAACUCCCAAAGGAGUAAUAGUGAAUAAGCCAUCCUAUACGUGUGUCUAAGUUGAAAGUCAGAGAAAUAAAACUUUUGCUUGAUUCUAUUUUCUCCCAUCCUUAAUAUGGUUUUUCCUUACUGAGGUCAAUAUUACAAAAAUUACUCAAAAAAAUAUUUCCCAAGAAUACCUGAAGACUUAUAAAUUUUAAGCAUAACUAGAUUUCUCAAAAUUGUUGAACUGAAAAAAAAAACUGAAAAAAAUGGGGGGGGGGUCAAAGUGCACCUAGAAAUGUUUGGAAAAUGUUCAGUGGCUAUACAUGAAGUUGUGCAAAUGAGUGUAAAAUAUUUGUUUGUUUAAAUACUGUACUGUAAAUCAAAAAUUCUCAUGCUAUGACAUGAAAUAAUGAAUGUCUUAUGUAUAUGACAAUUUAUUUGAGGGAUGCAGGAGAGAAAAAAUGAAAUCAUGCCUCUACCCUAGAGAUUUUAAUAUUUUUUAGUCACAGAGCUCUAUCUAUAAGUGAAUAUUUAUAAAUAAUAUUUAUAAAUUCUUAAAACUGUAAAGCAUCAGAAAAUGUUUCUGAGAAAAGGAAAAUAGAUAUCAUCUAUCUUUCUACUAUGUUUGCUUUUUUCCUAAUAUAAAAUUAGGUACAGAGAUAUUUAAUUUUUGGAAUAUUUCUAAUGAAAGGCAGAGUGAAAAAUUACAAGCCAUUUGCCUAUCUGGUAGAUUCCUGAUUCCAUCCUAUCACAAAAUAAAUUACUGAAUGGAUUUAGCAGUUUUCAUGGUGAGGUAAUGUUUGUAUUAUAAUAUUAAUACAAAAUUUAUUCAAAGUGCUGCAUAAACUGUUCUAAUUUAUCUUUGUAUACCCAUUCAACUGCAGAGACAUUAUAUUUAUAUGAAAGAUUAAACCUAUAUUUGUAUCA